GGGCGGGAAAACCAAAAGAAAACUGGUGAUAAGAAGAGAUAUGUCAGGCGGUUAAUUUAGGAAGUGACUCAUAUCCUCAUGUUGUGCCUUCCUGUCUUAUAAUCUGUGUUUGUAUCACUUAUCCGACGUCACACUGUGGGGAAAGUUAUCACUGCGACAGCCUUGCGUGGCAGAGGUGAGGCCGGGACAGGGGCAGCAGUCAUGUCUCGGUCAGGGAGGAGCAGUGGGAAGUAUGACCCAAUCAACUGGCAUGAAAUAUUUCAACGGAUUGACCAGGAUGGUGAUGGGUUCAUCUUACGAUCUGAGCUGCGGCGGUACCUCCUCGCCACGCCGGUCAGCGAGGUGCCGCUCUCCGACGACAUGGUGGAUGCAAUGCUCUACCACGUCGACUACAACAACGAUGGAUUUAUCAACCUGCAGGAGUUUUAUGGAUUGGUCAAUGUACCAGUGGACACCAAGACCAGGUCAGUGCUACAACGGACUCUUGUGGCCACUGCCUUCUCCAUGGCCCCACGCUCCCAGGUGUCUCAUGGAGAUCGUCUGUACAUAGCUGAGUACUCCUGCUGUCCACCUCCUCUUCUGGUGCCCCUUCUGUGUACUGCUGAGGUUGGGGUGUUUGUUUACUAUGCCGUGACUAUGGGUGAUGUGGGGCCCUACUCCCCUGUGCCUUGGUCCUCCCCACUCAUCUAUGACCCACGGAGGCGCAUGGAGGCCUGGCGUUUCAUCUCCUACAUGUUCCUUCAUGCUGGAUACAUCCACCUGCUGUCCAAUGUGAUGGUGGCACUCUUUGUGGGAAUUCCCCUGGAGAUGGUACACAAAUGGUGGCGGCUGCUGAUCCUCUAUGUGGCUGGGGUGCUGGCUGGCUCCUUGGCUGCCUCCAUGUUUGACCCCAAGUCCUUCCUGGUGGGUGCAUCAGGCGGCUGCUACGCCCUCAUUGCGGCCCACUUGGCCAACAUCAUCAUUAACUGGGGUGAGAUGCCUUUCAACUGGAUGAGGCUCCUUGUCAUCCUGGUCCUCAUGGCCACAGACAUUGGGGUCUUUGCCUUCGCAACAGUCACCCAGUCCACCACCAGGGUGAGCUAUGUGGCACAUCUGGCAGGAUUUGUGGCUGGGCUCCUGCUGGGGAUGGUGACCCUGAGGAACCUGAAGGAGCACCGCUGGGAGGUAGCACUCAAAUGGACAGGACUUGCAGUCUUCCUGGCCCUCAUUGCUGCUGCAGUAGUGAUACAAGUGGCUUAUCCAGAUGUGGUCGGCCUUUAUCCACCUAUGCCUGAGAACAGUUUCUCAGGCAAGCUGCUGGAUGGUGAGGCUGAAAUCUCACUGUAGAUCUGGGAUUUGGGUGUGUUUUUUUUUUUUUUUUUUUUUUUUUAGGUUAAUAUGCAAAUUUUGGGUUUUCAAGGGUAUAGUAGUUUUUCAAGGGUAUAGUAUGAAAAGAAAACUUAGGUGGAGAUUCAGGUCAAGUCCUUAAAGUGGAACUAGCUUAAGUUUGGAUGGUUUGUGUGAUAGAUGGCAGCACAAAGAGUCAAGUUGUGAAGGUUUGCUUAAUGUGUACUUUUGGACAGUUUGUGUGAUAGAUGGCAGCACAAAGAGUCAAGUUGUGAAGGUUUGCUUAAUGAAUACUAUUAAUAAACUUGCCAGAUAAGAUACAACCUUGGGAGCUAGCUGUCCAGGGUCAUCAAAUGUCAAGCACAUAUAUUACAGUCCAAUUUUUAAGCACAUCUGGUAUUUUGCCAGACCUGUCUGUGACUUGCAUGGUACCUGGUUUAUUUUCUUCUCUGUGUUCUACAAGUGCCUUAAAACAUGUGUGAUUCUUGAAUUAAAAAUGUGUUUUGUAGUGAAGGUUGUGGGAAAAAAACAUCUUGCUUAAUUUUUGUGUACUCACUCUUUUCAGAGGUAGCAGUAGUGGGUAUAAUUAGGUUUGGACUUUUCAUCAAUACUCUUGCAGAGGGCAUUUUUAUGGCUUGAUAUGGUAUAUGAAUCUCAUGCUUGUCUCUCUAAUGAUCUGUGGAUAACUUUGGUUUUUCCUUGCUGUUUGAUAUGGAGUGGGUCAUAACUUUGAAUCUCACAUUAAUCUGAUUGUUUUUUUUCCAAAUAGCAUCUUAUUAGUGUUUAGCUUAUGUGGCUUACUUCAUGAAGUUGUGUUGGAAGUUUUCAUGGAGUAACAUUUGUAGUGAGAACAACUAAUAUAGUUCUUAGGUUCAUGGAGGGGUAUUAGCUUAAAAACACAUACCUUGCAUCCAUUCUCUAGACACCUUAUAAUUGUAGAUAAAGAUUUGGUUGUGUUGGGAAGCAAAGGUUUUGUCAAAGCAGUAUCAGGGGAUGAUGGAUUUAUGCCUCCCACCUUGUUUUCAGUCUAUUUUGGAAAUGCAGUUCUUUAUUGAUCAGGAUAUAUAUAUAUAUAUAUAUAUAUAUAUAUAUAUAUAUAUAUAUAUAUAUAUAUAUAUAUAUAUAUAUAUAUAUAUAUAUAUAUAUAUAUAUAUAUAUAUAUAUAUAUAUAUAUAUAUAUAUAUUUUUUUUUUUUUAGAUGGGUAAUGCAAAGGAAAUUUCUGGGGGGAAUUCUCCCUUUGUUAUGAGGGAAUCACAUGCAGGCUUUUUUGUUAAAGAUGGAGUGGAUAACUGAAAAGAUCAAAGAUUAUCAUGAAACAUAAAUAUGAACUCCUUGAGCAGACCACAUCAUCCUUACAGAUGGGGACCAUUUCCUCUUCCAUACCAUUAGAUUGCUUGUUUUUCUAUUGUCUGAUGUUAGCAUAGUGUGAAAUUUGACGUCUAUGCUAUCUUGGUUUGUCUUCUAUGACAUUCUUCUUCUAUUCUAUGACUUCUUAUUGUAAAUAACGAGUUCAUCAUCACUAUAUUCAUGCACUGUAAUCCAUAUUAAUGGCUCUUAGUUUUUUUUUUUUGCAGCAUUUUUAUCAAAAAGGAUCAAGAAUAGCUAGUUUACUUAGAACUGUACAACUCUGGGUAAAGGUUUCAUUCCAACUUUUAGUUUUCAGCUAUCUAACAUUUUUUUCUCUUUUUUUUUUAGAAUUCUUCCAUCUUUGCAUUAGAUAUUACCUGAGCUGCACCUUUGAGUGUGAUGUUGUAGGUGUCAUUGUUUUUCCAUGUUGAAAAUAACAAAAGUCUUAAGUCCCAAGCUCAGAAUGAGUAUGAAGGACAAGCAAAGCCAAGCAGUAAGCAACAGACUGUUGGCUCCUGCUUACUGAUAGUGUGCAUCAGACACCUUGCUUCCCAGGUGACUUACAGACACAGGUGUGACUAUGACAUGCACAUCAGUUGCAUGUACCUUAAUAUUUACAGUAUUUUUAUAACACUUUUAUAACAUUUAUUUAACACAGACUGCUUUAUAAUUAUCUUAUGCACAUAAAUGUCGGUGUAUAAUCCUCACUGCAUGCAGUCUUUCUGGGAGACUGAAGGGAGUUUUGAUCACCCUAACAUUUCCAUUCUGUGUACUUCACAAGUCUUUCUAAUGCCACAUAAUGUACAAUCACAACACAAAAUUUAUUGAGACAAAUAUCAGCACAAGAAUGCAAUUUUGUUCUAAAUGUCCAUUUUUGUGAGUCUCUCAUUGCAGACAGAGACAAAAGUGUAACCUCUGUAUGGUGAAAAGCAGUGUGAUUAUACUGAUGCAAAACAAAUUAUUUCUGUAUGGGUGCAUCCACACAGUCAAAUGCUGUCUGUCAGACAAACACUCUUACCAUAUCACAAGGCAAAGCAGAUUCAGAAGCAAUAAAAUGAGGGAAGUUGAUAUGGCAACAUACAGUGGUACCAGAUGAAGUUUUAUACCAUAGUUUUUACUCCAUUCACCUGGCAAAGUCCAGCAGACAACGUUUGAAACUGAUGUCCGCUGGCAACACAGGUAUUUAAGUCAGUAUUAGUGUGGGCUCAGGAGACAGGGGUUUGUUGUCAGCAUCUAGUGGGGUACAUCAUAAUCAUGGUGCAUAAGGAGAUAAAGAAAAAAAGUUGACGGGGCAGGUGAGAUCUGAUCAGUUAACAUCCUCAGUUCAUCCAUAAACAAGUAACUUUGUUCAUCGUGUGCCUGGCAAUGUUGUACUUCCAUGCCUCUGUCCCGCCAGACGGUGUCUGAGGUUCAGAUACUAUGAAGAUGGGCAGUGUCCGUUACACUCCUUGGUACUCACUGCUGACGUUAUCAGUGCUCCUUUCCACUUUCCAUUGUUAACUGGUAAGAGGGAGAUUUGACAAUGUUUGACAGUGUGGAUGCACCCUAAGAUAGACAUCCGUGGAAAUUUGUAGCUACUGAUAUGUACUUUGUGAUUAGAAUAGUCUUUCAUGAUGUAGUGAGUGUCAUAGGAAUAAAUUAGUAAGUACACCAGGGUCUCAUUACAUGUGAGGGUUAUGUUUUCCAAAAACCUCACACAGAUUUUUUUUUGUAUGAAAUUUAUACUCAACAUUAAUCAUACAUUGCUUCAAGAUCCUGUCUUUUAACCACCAAAUGCUAAUUAUGAAAAUAUUAGCAAUAACAGUGCACUAAAGCAGCAUCAGAAGACAAGGAUCAUCUUAUAUUACAACAGUUGAAAAGACAGUUUUAUAUAGGAAAUACAAAAUUGUACUCACUUCAUGAUUGUUUGUGUAAAAGCUUUGAGAGACGAAUGGUUUCAAAGGUGGGCUGAGAAUGCAAUGAGGCAGGAGUGCGGAAGCCUCAACUUUCUGUGACACGUGAUGCAUUGAGGCUGCUGUGAAGUUGCAGCUGGAAUAGAGUGGUGAAGUGGAGCCGGGGUUGCACUUUUAAUCAAGUCUUCUUGAGGUGGUGAUGUUACAAAUAGUGAUCUAGAGAACUUGUCAUUAUUGUUUUGCCUACCACCAUUUUGCUUAAAGGUAUAGACCUUGUAGGGUGCCAAAGCAGCUUGAGGUGUGUGUCUCAUGCUCUCCUGCCCUCCCACCUCAGCACCAACACUACUGUCUCUCAUUGCCUUCCUCACAACUCAACUCAUAGAUGAUUUUUCAACACACAGAAUUGCUCUCACAUUUCAGGUGGUGACAAAUAUACAAAUCAAUACAACACAGUUUUCUGACCCUGGUGUAGAGGCUGAAAAAAGUACAAGAGGUGGGGCAAAUAAUUAUUACUGUAAUCUUUCAUGUUCUUUAUAUCUUCAUUUUUCUAGAUGUUGGAACAAUUUAAUGUAUCAGGGUUUUGAUGUAUUCAUGUAGAGCUUAGUUUGUGUAGUUGUGUUGUAUUUCUGUUAGUUUUGGAUAUUUGCUUGUAUGGCUCUGUCUACCUCCUGUUUGUCUGUCUGUCUGUGUCUGUCUGUUGUCCCCCACAUCCCCACCUCCCACAUUUUCUCUCUCUCUCUCUCUCUCUCUCUCUCUCUCUCUCUCUCUCUCUCUCUCUCUCUCUCUCUCUCUCUCUCUCUCUCUCUCUCUCUCAUUAACAGGCAAUCUCUCAUUAACAGGCAAUAACAUUUACCAACUGGUACCUAUAUUUAUAUUUAAGUAUAUUUAGAUAUCAAAAUUUUAUUUCAUAUGCAGCCAUAUCUUAGUAAUAUAUGUAUCUUGUACAUGCAUAGUUAGAUGUUUUAUUAACUUAGAUGCUUUUUAAUUUUUAUACUGGAUUUAUACUUUAUCAUAUAUCAUUAUAUAUAAAAUAUGUAAAAUUCCCACAGAGUCAGUGAAGAGUAAAAUGAAAAUAAAGAUCUGUGGAAAUAA